GAGGUCGCAUGGCAUAUGGUGAAGAACAGUCCAACCACUUCUCUGUCCUCGAACCAUUGCCUGGAAUCAAUGCAUGAAUAUGCACCUCCGUCACAAAGCCUAUGGAGUAUGAGAACAACGGGAAAAAACAAACAUAUUCAGAGGGCUCAUCUUAUGCUUUUUUAAAUAUACCAAGAGGGAAUAUUUUAUUUCAUUUGUUCUGGAGUAUGCCUAACUUAAUAGUAUAACUAAUCUGCAUAUGUGCUGUUAUUUUUGUUCUACCGUUAAGUGAUAACUGUUUUGGUUCUCCAAAGUGGACGCGCUCUAGUAAGCGAAAAAAGGACUGUUCAUCACUAGGACGCGAGUUGGUGCAGAAGUUCGACCGCAAACGGAUGUGAGGGAAGAGUGCACAGAGUGCACAGAAAACUCAACCCCUUUUUCUUUCUUUACUUCUUUCUUAUUUUGUUUGGCUAAACAAUAGAGUGAGUCAAAGACACUGAAACGGAUUUCAUGCCGUCAGUCUCGCAGAACCUGAUAUGGACGUGAGAUUUUAUCCUGCGCACCCGUCAAGUGUGGGUUCUGAUCCAAGUUGUCUAAGCUCGUUGGACUUUUACCACGCGAACAAGGCCCGGUACGGUGUGGGUGAACGAGGAAUUCGGCUCCUCCACGGUACCCCACCCCCAGGCUCCAACCCAGCUGGGAAAAGAUUGCCCACUGCUGGGUUUGAUGGUGACAACAUGUACAUGAAUGACAAUAACCAGGAGUUUCGGUCACCAAGCCAGAACUACUCCAGUCAAGGCCGAGGAAACAACAGCGGAGGAGGAGGGGAUGAAGACUACGAGAUCCCCCCKAUCACACCCCCCAACCACGCUGACCCCUCUCUGCUUCACCUCAUGGACCCCGAGUCGGGCUACACCUUCCACUCACUGCCCCACAAUGGCCUGCUCAACCCCUAUUCCUACCCAGAGCUGCCUGCUGCCCUCAUGAUGUCCAAUAUGCUGGGCCAGGAUAGCCAUCUUCUCUCGGGGCAUAAUAUGCACUCGAUAGGGGAGAAGCGGCCAUCCUCGGAGAUGAUGAAGCCCAAGCCCAAACCGCAGAAGAAGAAGAAGAAAAAGGACCCCAACGAGCCGUCGAAGCCCGUGUCGGCCUACGCCCUCUUCUUCAGGGACACCCAGGCGGCCAUCAAGGGCUCAAACCCCAACGCCACGUURGGGGAUGUGUCCAAGCUAGUGGCCUCCAUGUGGGACAGCCUGGGGGAGGAGGCAAAACAGGCGUACAAGAGGAAAACCGAGGCGGCCAAGAAAGAGUACCUGAAAGCCCUUGCCACGUACAGAGCCAGUCUCGUUUCCAAGCCCUACAAUGACCCUGUCGAACCAAAAAGCUCCCAAAGCAGCCAGCCCUCCCACAUGCUGCCCCCCAAGCAGCCCCUGUACAGCGUGCCCCCGCAGGCCUCCUCCCCCUACGGUCUGGGCCCGGGCUCCUUCCCCRUGUCGGACCUGCAGAGCUUCGCCGGGCCGCCCCACCACGCCCUGGCCCGGACCCUCAGCCAAUCCCAGAUGCUGUCGCCCAGCAUGAGUGCCUCACCCCCCUCCCCCUUCCAGAUCAGCCCGCCCCUCCACCCCUCCCAGCUCGCCCUGCACCAGAGUUCCCUGCGCAUGCAGCAGGUCCAGUCGCACUCAAUGGGGCUCCAGGGGUCUCUGCACUCACCUCCUCUCGGCCAACAGGGGUUCUCUCACAUUCAGGAUUACCAGAACAGUGUGGGGGGGUCCCAGUCCCCGGGGGCACCCAACCCAGGGCAUGGACAGAACCCAGACUGGGACGGCGAGUACUGCAACCGGGACUGUGGGCCCAACCAUUGCAGCAGUGGCAUGGGAGCUCGGGACAAGCCUCUCUACCUCACUUGAAGCUUAAGGACCUCCAAAAGUCAAGACUCCAGGGAGUUUACCAAUGUUCAUUAACAACAACGUCAAUGUAUCUUUCUCCUCCUUGUUUUUUUCUGAAGGAUUUUUAAAAUCCCAAAGACUGCUACUACUUCACAUAUUUGCCAAGCACUUAGACUGGACAGGAGCCUUGCUUCUUUUUGCCAUGAAUGUUCCAUUUUGUGGGUGGUUAUGCUUCAAGCGCACGUCAACAUACUGUACACGAAGACUAAAAAAUGUCUUCUGGCUUUGUUUUGACAUUUUCAAAGUGUUWAAUUUUUCUCCUCUUUUGCUUUUCCUUUGGUCUUACUCAGUUUUGCCAUGUACUGCCCACUUUUGGGAGAAACAAUGCUGUAAGCAUAUUCAUUGUAGGGGUCUAUGUUAAGAUUCUCAUACAGGACCCUAGAACCUAGUCACCUCACGAAGGGAGGAUCUAUUUCAGCAAAGACAGACACCCCCUAAAAUAAAGCAAAAACACAAAGUGAAAUUAGAAAAAGACAACAUCCUUACGUCAACCCAGCUCUAAUUAAGAGCUUUCCCCUUUUUUUCAAAGUGAUUGUAAAUAUCUACCAAGAUGGAACCUGCCCCCCAAAGCCUAGAUGUGUGUAUCUAGCCACAGUCCCUUGCUUUUUUCUUAUAUUUUUUUUACAUUAUUUUGUUUGGUUAUGUGAUUUUUGUGCGAGCUGGAUUCAGUGAGGGAAUACACACACUAAAUCUUGUGUUAAAGCUCUGUUCACUGGUCUUGCUACUUUCUAGCCUGUCCUCAGGAUGUGACUGGACUGAAGAGGUCAAAGGUGAAACCUCUUCCUUAGUUUAAACCUCUCCUGGUCCAGCGGACCACCCCCCCCCACACACCCCAGCACCACUUGUAUAGGUGAAAUAAAAAAAUUGUUGCUAAAUGUGAAAUGUUACUAAAGAUAAAAGCAUAACAGUGGGUUUUAAAGUUUUUGACUAGUUUUAUUAGGUGUUUUAGAAAUUGUGUUGAAUUCAUCUUUACACUUUUUUGUGAAAAAAUGUCAUUAAAAAAAAAAAUGUUUUUCACUGUAGCACAAUUUAAGUUUAUAAGGAAUGGUCACUGGUAGAUAUUUCAUUUGUGUACAAACCUGCGAAAUGUACUUUUAAUUGUAAAGCCAGCGAUGAAAGAACCCAUUUAGUUUUAUUGAAUAACAUGUUUAUGGACGCAAUAUGGUCAUUCUAUUUCAAUCGAUUGACUGGUUUCACAUAUUUAUGAAUGAUAUGAAGUAACGUUUUGGCUUGUUUUCAUCAGGGUGCAUAAUUAUUAUUAUUAUUAUUAUUCCAUGGUAAUUUGAAUUAUUAUUAUUUGUACAUCACUUGUUGCUGGUGCAUUGGCUUUUUGCCAGCAUUUGGUUCAUUUUGUGUGGCGAUGCUUCUUUUGUUUUCUUUUGUCAGUAAUAAAAUGUAAGUGGAAAAUAAA